ACAAAAUAACUUUCUCCAGGCUAUUUCAUUAACUGUGUCCACGUUUUCUAAUCGAUUAUAUGAUUUGAACGAAGUUGCACAAUAAAAUUUAUAUUGUGGUGCAGCGUCGAAGAUGACCAGCAUUCACAGUGGGUACAAAGAGGAGGUGCACGAGGUGCCGAUGUCUGUACUCAUCCGGCCUUUUAUACCUGAACUCGACGAGGCCAAGGUCAAGUCGCUCAUGGACACUAUACAGAAAGAAGAGGAGACUGGAGAGGUGCCACCAAUAGACGUGCUCUGGAUUAAGGGGUCCGAAGGCGGCAACUAUUACUACAGUUUCGGCGGGUGCCAUCGGUACGCCGCGUACAAGCGUCUGAACCGUCCCACCAUACCUGCUAAACUAAUCCGCUCCACUGUCACCGACCUGCGCUCAUACUUAGGCAGUAGUACGCCAGACUUGAAGUAAUAAUUAUUCAUAUCUAAAAGUUGACAAUUAUGACCAAGCAUAGCACAUUAUAGAAGAUGAGAGGCGAGAGUAUAGGUAUUUUCGGUCUUAUUGAUUAUCCAUAUAG